UUAGAUCCUUGUAAGUUUUUGGGCAAACAUAGCUGAGAAUGGCUGCGAGUUAAUCGGUUGUCGCAUUAACUUAGAAUAUGGAACGAAAGGCAAAGGAAAUGCAAGUUUCAUAUCGAAAACAUGUUGUACCGUCGAGACGGACGAGAAUUCGAUUAAACUGACACCUUUACCAAACGAAAAAUGGCGGCAUCUCGCGAACGUAGCGAGUCAAAAGACCUCUCAGAUACUCUUUUCAACAUUAAACAUCGCGACAUCUUUGGUCACCUUCCUCCUUUGAGUGCACCUCAGCCUGCUUUUAGUGAAAGACCAAAGAUUGUGGAGUAUGGUGCGUACACCAAAGCGUCACCUACCAAAGAAAAAGGUCAUUAUAGACAUACGAGUGAUGCAGUGGCUAAUAACUACACACCAUCUGCCCAGGCUUUGACAACAAAGCUGAUCUAUAAAAGACAAGGCAAGUCAUCUGGCUCAGUUUCGAAGAGGACUAAUCUGAGGAAACAGCAUAAUUCCCUUAGGAAUGUGAUUGAAGGAAAACUGCAACCCCUUCAUGGAGGAAAAUCACCAUCAUCUGCUUCUGGAUACUAUGUUAGAAAAGGGGCAUUGGGGGCAGAGCUGAACAAGGGGCACUCAAGUCCACCUCACAUGGGAUCACCCACUAAAUUAUCACCCCAGAAUGAACAGGAAACCCCUGAAGGAGGGAGACAAAUUGAUGUUGAUACAAGUCCUCUCUCAAGCUCGAAGCCUCCAAGGGUUAAAAGACCUCAGUCUGUAGAAGAGUUUGUCAAAUCAAACAGCCGUUCCCCUAGUCCUCAGAGUAGUGGUAUGCAUUAUAACAACAAAUCCCUGUCUGAGUCUCCAGACUUCAGAACAGCAAAACUUGCAUGGGAAGGGCAAAGCAGGAUGACUGAACCAAGCAGAAAUGAAACAGAAAUCUCAAAUGGUCAUACAGACUCAGUACUCCAGGAUUUUGUAGAAAGCUGCACCCUAACAGCUUCACAAAAUGUCUCUUCUAUGUAUUCAUUUAGAGAGCACGAUGACGAGACACUGUCUGUUUUAAAUAUUUGUUUCCCUCCAUCAACCACACCUACUUUUGGUUUAUCAUGUUCUGUCUCACCACUUGAAUCAGAGCGUGAGAGAUACAACAGUCUUGUGGAGAAGGCAAUUCAUACCAGCAUGGUAGCACCAUUAUCUAGGGAAUGGAAGAAGAAGACACAUGAUUUUCUUCCAAAAUCCUUGAAACAGGAUUUUAAAGAAACACUUGAUGAGCUUGACAAGGAAAUGGAGACAGAAUAUACAAGAAGUGUCAAGCAAAGUAUUCUGGACUAUGUGCUUUUGGAUUUAAAAGAACAAAGAAGACUAGGACUUCAUAUGCCACAACCAGUCAUAUAUCCAGCUGGAAGAGAGACUUUUCCUUGGCAUGUUUCAGUUAUCACCUCACGGGAAUACCUUGAGAAUAAUCUAUUUGUAACCCAUGUUGUUCAGAGAGAAUUGUUGUACCUUUGGGAAUCAAAUUAUUCAGACUUAAGGCUAAUUGACAUUCAGAGUUUAAAGGAAUCUCUCCCCCUGACAAUAACUGAGCUCAGGAAAAAUACUCACAAAGCAACUCAAAAAGGAAUAAAGAGACUUUUGGAUGGAUGGAUACCAUCUUGUGUUAAGAUCAUCAGCGACAGAAGAGAUGACAUUGAAGAAUGGAUGCCAGAGGAUGAGACUUCCAGAGUGGAGAAGAUGGAUCAUUUCUUCUCAUCAGUGGCAUCCCUUAUGUCACACAAUCUUCGCAGUGCUGUGUAUUCUUCUAUUGACGACGUGGUGCAGUUCAUAGAGAUGUACAAAUUUGGAAAUGAUUUCACGGAACCAUUUGAAAGAAGUCUUCCCAUACUACCACAACCAAUCAUUCUUACAGUGGUUCCUGAUGUAGAGGAGGUGACGGUUGCUUAUGAGCCAAGUUUCUCAGAUGUGACCGAAAUCUUACACGAAGUCAUCGAGCACAUGGUGAAAAGUGUCCAAACCCUCGAGCGUGUUGAGCACCAGCUUUUCUACGAAGACGAAGGGCUAAAAAAGCGUUAUAUCAGCAGUGUAGAGCUCGAUGAAGAAAGAGUUCUGGUGGCCAAGGCAAAAGUGGCUGAUGUAGUGGAGAAAAACAGCGCUGGGCCGCUCAAAUUCCGAUCAGUUUAUGAACCUCUACAUUACUUACUAACAAGAGAGUCUGAUGUGAAAACGAUGAGAUUCAUAUCCACUGAUCGUCAUCUGCUGGAGUAUGGCAGAGAGUUACAAAAGGUUUACGACCUUACAAAUAUGGCCGCCUCUAUGGACCUUUUUAUUCCUAUGGAAUUAUUUGUGCUUGACUGUGCCAAGAUCAAAGAGUUCCUUGUGUUACGUGCCAAUGAUCUGGUGGGCUUAAUGACAUCGAAGUUGGUCAGGAAGAGUUUUGAUUUCAAUCGGUCCAUUUGUCAUCAAUAUGAUUAUAUCGUUAAUCGUAUAACGUCAUCUUCAAAGACCACUGAUGAGCUUGUGGAUUUGGAGAAGUAUAUUGACAACCUGAGGAGUGGACCUUUAGUUCAUUUGAAGGUGGAACUUGAGGAAGCAGCAGAUCUUGUUCUGUUUUUGAUGGAUCACACGUUCCUUGCUGAUGAUCAUUUGGCUCUCAAUGAAACCACAUUUACGUGGCCUGACCGGAUUUUUCCUAUUAUAAAGAUGAGUGAAAAUCGUGUUACAAAAGAACACGACACGGCCAUGAACAAACUGUUUGAUUGGCUGGCGAGAUUUGAGCUGCAGUUGAACGAGACUCUUCAAAGUGUCAAAGAAUUCCACUCUAAAGACAGGAUAUCUGAGGCAAAGACAUACGUGGUUCAGUUGGACGAACUUAAAGAUAAAGUACAAGAGUUUCUUGACGAGAGAAAGAAAAUCAACAAGGAGGAGGAUUUACUCGGUUGUGAGGUGUACAGUGGAUUUCCUCAGAUCCAAGAGAUAAUUGACGCUAAGGAGCCAUUUGACAAGUUAUGGCGCGCACUGGUGACAUUCCAGGACAAGCAAGAAAUGUGGCUGGCUGGGCCUAUUUUGACACUGAAUGCAGAGGAAAUUGAAGAACAGGUCUCUGAGCUUUGGAGAACAAGUUACAAGCUGACGAAAGAGUUCGCGCACCCAGAGUUUCGUGGUCCACUCAGAGUGGCUUCUACAGUAAAAGCGCGACUAGAGAACUUUAAAGUUAACAUGCCUUUGAUCAACGCUUUGUGUACUCCUGGCAUUAAGGAUAGACACUGGGAAGCCAUGAGUGUUAAGAUUGGCUUUAAUAUUUCUCCGAAAGAAGACACUACUCUGAACGAGAUGUUAGUGCUCGGUCUGGAUAAGUUUGUUGAAGAACUUACUGAGAUCAGUGGAAAAGCAGCCAAAGAAUUCUCUUUGGAGAAGGCACUGAGCAGAAUGAAAGAAGAUUGGAAGGACAUCGAGUUUGUGUUUGUUCAAUACAAAGACACAGGAAUUAGUAUUUUGUCAGCUGUGGAUGAUCUGCAGGUUUUACUUGAUGAUCACAUUGUGAAAACAUUGACAAUGAAGGGAUCUCCUUUCGUUGUUCCUUUUGAAGCAGAAUUAAGAGAAUGGGAAACCAAACUGAAUCUAAUGCAAGAUAUUGUGGAGUCAUGGCUGAAGGUGCAAGCUUCAUGGCUGUAUUUAGAGCCCAUAUUUUGUUCUGAGGACAUUCAAGCUCAGAUGCCAGAGGAAGGAGAAAAAUUCCGCACUGUUGACAAGUACUGGAGGAAGAUAAUGACUGAAUCAGUCAAAGAUCCUCGUGCCUUAGUAGUAACGCGACAGCCCCAAAUGUUGGACAAACUUCAGCUCUCGGAGAGCCUUCUUGAAGACAUACAAAAAGGACUGAACGAGUAUUUGGAAAAGAAACGCUUGUUUUUUCCAAGAUUUUUCUUCCUUUCAAAUGACGAGCUUCUAGAAAUUUUAUCCGAAACGAAAGAUCCUCUGCGUGUUCAGCCACAUUUAAAGAAGUGUUUUGAAGGUAUUGCAAAGUUGGAAUUUAACGAGAGGAAAGAGAUUAAUGCUAUGAUAUCAGCCGAAGGAGAGACUGUAAGGUUCUCUAAGAAGGUGGUGCCUGCGCAUGCCCGUGGUCUGGUCGAAAAAUGGUUGUUACAGAUCGAACAAACGAUGAAACUGAGCCUGCAAGAGGUGAUGUCCGAAGCGGUUACCGCCUAUCCACAAAACCCUAGGACAGAGUGGGUUUUGUCUUGGCCAGGGCAAGUGGUGCUGGCCUCCAGCAUCAUAUACUGGACCAAGGAAGUCACUCAGGCGAUGAUACAGAAAGAUGGCCUAGAAGAUUAUUAUAAACAAAGCACUCAACAGAUUGAAGACAUCGUCGGACUUGUUCGAGGAAAGUUGUCCACCAUGUCCCGGAUCACUUUAGGGGCUCUCAUUGUGAUUGACGUGCAUGCACGUGACGUGGUAGCUAAGCUAAAGAAGGAAGGCGUGACAAACCCUAACGACUUUCAGUGGAUCAGUCAGUUACGUUACUACUGGGAAACAAAGGCUGUCAUUGUAAGGAUGAUUACCACAGCGGUCAAAUAUGGUUAUGAGUACCUUGGCAACAGCGGAAGACUAGUCAUCACUCCUUUAACAGACAGAUGUUAUAGGACUUUGAUGGGUGCUCUCUUGUUGAACCUAGGAGGAGCCCCUGAGGGACCUGCUGGUACAGGGAAGACGGAGACUUGUAAAGAUUUGGCGAAAGCUGUUGCAAAGCAGUGUGUUGUUUUCAACUGCUCAGAUGGACUGGACUACAAAGCCAUGGGAAAGUUCUUCAAAGGUCUCGCCCAGGCAGGGGCCUGGGCCUGUUUCGACGAAUUUAAUAGGAUUGAACUGGAAGUAUUGUCUGUUGUAGCGCAACAGAUUUUGACAAUACAAAGGGCCGUUAUGGAGCAAGUCGACAAGUUUGUGUUUGAGGGAACAGAAAUUUCUCUGGAUCCGUCAUGUACCAUAUUCAUAACCAUGAAUCCUGGUUACGCUGGCCGUGCAGAGCUCCCUGAUAAUCUGAAGGUUCUUUUCCGUACAGUCGCCAUGAUGGUUCCUGAUUAUGCCCUAAUCAGUGAGAUCAGUUUAUAUUCUAUGGGUUUUGUUAAUGCGCGGAGUCUGUCGGCAAAGAUUGUGGCUGUGUACAGGCUCUGUUCUGAGCAGCUUUCGUCCCAGCAUCAUUAUGAUUAUGGUAUGCGGGCGGUCAAGUCAGUUCUCACUGCGGCAGGAAAUUUAAAACUGAAGUAUUCUGAACAAGACGAGGAUAUUUUGUUGUUGAGGUCCAUUAUGGACGUCAACUUGCCAAAGUUUUUAUCGCAAGACUUGCCUUUGUUUGAAGGCAUUGUGUCAGACUUGUUCCCAGGCAUCACUCUGCCAUCUCCUGACCACGGUGUCCUGGAAGAGGCACUCAGACGGAACAGCGUGAAGAUGGGACUGCAGGCGGUACCAUGGUUUGUUGAAAAAGUUGUGCAGGUGUACGAGAUGAUGUUGGUACGCCACGGCUUUAUGAUCGUGGGCGAUCCCAUUGGUGGAAAGACAUCAGCGUGGAAGGUUCUAUCUGCAGCGCUGACUGAGCUUGGUAAAGAUGAAGACUCGGAUGAAGUUGGGGUUCAGUACACGAUCAUUAACCCCAAGGCUGUCACCAUGGGCCAGUUGUAUGGAAGAUUUGAUCCUGUGUCACACGAGUGGUCAGACGGAGUACUUGCCAAUACGUUCCGUGAGCACGCAAGCUCAGUCAGCGAGGAGCGUAAAUGGAUCAUAUUUGAUGGGCCAGUUGAUGCAGUAUGGAUUGAAAACAUGAAUACGGUGCUUGACGAUAACAAAAAGUUGUGCUUAAUGAGUGGAGAGAUAAUUCAAAUGAGCUCUCUACAGAACAUGAUAUUUGAACCUCAAGACCUGGAGCAGGCUUCACCAGCGACAGUAAGCAGAUGUGGUAUGAUUUACAUGGAGCCAGGUCAGUUGGGCUGGGAGCCACUUGUCGCUUCGUGGAUGGAGAAAGAUUAUCCUGCAAACCUUAGCUCUGCUAGCAAAAAUUCUGUACAGAUGAUGUUUGACUGGUUGAUUGCCCCGUGCGUGGAUUUCGUCAUUAGACAGUGCCGUGAACUGGUGCGCACGUCACCAAUGCGCAUGGUCAAGUCCAUGUUAACCAUGUACUCCAUUCUGUUGGAUGAGCUGAGAGAGCCACCCCAAGAGGAAAAGAAAAAGACCGUUAUGGAUGAAGAGGAGUUUGAGGGAUUCAUGGACGAGAAACCAGCCAAGACCGAGGCGGAAAUUUUGCAAUGGCUCCAGUCUCUCUUUCUGUUCGCUUUAUGUUGGUCAAUUGGCGGAAAUUUAGACACUGACUCCAGGCUGAAGUUCAGUGAUUUCCUGAAAGUCUUGGCAGCUGGAACCAACAAACAACACCAAAGACCCAAAGAUUUAAAGCUUCCCAAGAAUUACCAGUUUCCUGGAAAGGGAGUUAUUUACGACUUCUUUUUCGAUAAGUCGACCUUUGGUACGUGGCAUCCGUGGGAGAAGAAUGUGUUCAUCGAGGAAAUUCCUCCGAACGCUAAGCCGAAUGAGCUGAUCAUACCUACUACAGAGACAGUUCGUCAGCGGUAUUUCCUGGAGUUAUUCCUCGAUCACGAGAAACCUCUGCUAUUGGUUGGCCCGACAGGAACAGGAAAAUCAGCUAUAACAAACAACUACAUUCUGCGCAUGCCCCCUGAAAAGUACAUCGCUAACUUCAUGAACUUUUCCGCCCAAACAACUUCCAACCAAACCCAAGACAUGAUUCUCUCAAAAUUAGAUAGACGAAAGCGAGGUGUAUAUGGCCCGGCUAUUGGUAAGAAGGUUGUGGUCUUUGUAGAUGAUUUAAAUAUGCCUGCUAAGGAGAAGUAUGGUGCCCAGCCUCCCAUCGAAGUUCUGCGACAGUGGAUUGAUCAUGGAUACUGGUUCGACAGGAAGGACACAUCAGUACUAAAGCUUGUUGAUCAGUUGCUAGUGUCUGCUAUGGGUCCCCCGGGUGGGGGAAGGAAUGAAAUUACUCCGCGUUUCCUGAGGCAUUUCAAUAUCAUCUCCAUUGACUCGUUCAGCACAGAAACCAUGAGAAAUAUCUUUUCUGUCAUCAUGGAUUGGCAUUUUAACAACAAUGGCUUUGAAAUGCAGAUACGAAGGUUCUCCAAGAUUAUAAUCAGCGCCAUUACCGAGGUGUACACCCAGGCCAUUACCAGCUUCCUUCCUACACCAUCUAAGUCACACUAUGUGUUCAAUCUUAGAGAUUUUGCUAGGGUCGUACAGGGGAUUCUUCUAUUUCCCGGAGUUUGUGCCACGCACCCUAGCAAGCUGAUCAGAUUGUGGGUUCAUGAGGUCUACCGGGUGUUCUACGAUAGAUUGGUUGACUCUGAGGACCGGCAAUGCUUCUUUGAGAUAGUUAAGAAUGUAAUGGCUUCAGAGUUUAAGGAGAAGAUGAAUAACGUCUUUGAACAUUUGUCUGGCAGAGGAGGUGUGGUUACUGAUGACAGUCUGAGGAGUUUGUUCUUCGGUGAUUAUAUGGACCGCAAAGCGAAUCCCCGUCUAUAUGAUGAAAUACAAGAUACAGAAGGACUUAGUUCGAUAAUGGAAGGGUUUCUAGAAGAUUACAACAUGUCAAGCAAAGCCCCCAUGGACCUGGUCAUGUUCAGAUUUGCCAUUGAACACGUGUCUAGGAUCUGUCGAGUCCUCCGCCAGCCCAAUGGGCAUGCGCUGUUAGUAGGUAUCGGCGGUUCUGGUCGUGCUAGUGCAACCAAGCUGGCAGCCUUCAUGUCAGAUUAUGAACUCUUCCAAAUCGAAAUCACCAAGACAUACACAUUCACGGAAUGGAGAGAAGAUUUAAAAAAGAUGCUGAGAAAGGCAGGCUUCGAUGGAGCUUCUACAGUGUUCCUGUUUGGUGACCACCAACUCAAGGAUGAAGCAUUCCUGGAGGAUAUCAACAUGAUCCUAAACACUGGUGAUGUACCUAACAUCUAUGAGUCUGACGAAAAAGCUGAAAUCACAGAACAGAUGCAGAACAUUGUUCAAGAAAGAAACCUAAAGGUGGAUUCCAGUCCUCUGGCCAUGUAUAACUUCUUUAUUGAGCGGGUUCGCCGUAACUUGCACGUGGUUCUGUGUAUGAGUCCCAUCGGAGACGCGUUUAGAAACAGACUCAGAAUGUUUCCUUCGCUGAUCAACUGCUGCACUAUCGACUGGUUUCAGGCCUGGCCCGAAGACGCUCUAGAAAUGGUAGCAAACAAGUUCUUGGACGAAGUUGAAAUGUCUCGUGAGAUUAGAGGGGAAUGUGUUUCCAUGUGCAAACACUUUCAUCAGAGUGUGCGAGGAAUAUCAGACAGGUUUUAUGCUGUUCUUCUUCGGCGAAAUUACGUCACUCCCACGUCAUACCUGGAGCUGAUCAAGACUUUCAAGUCACUUCUCGGGAAAAAGCGAUUCCAGAUACUAACUCUGAAGACAAGAUAUCUCAAAGGUCUGGAGAAAUUAGACUUCGCUUCAUCGCAGGUGUCGAUUAUGCAGCAAGAGUUAAAGGAACUGCAACCAGAGUUGAUUGAAACCAGUAAAGAGACAGAGCAGUUGAUCAAAAUCAUUGCUGACGAGACUUUAGAAGUGGAGGAUAAGAAACAGGUGGUGCAAGCUGACGAGGCUACGGCUGAUGCAGCAGCACAGGAAGCCCAAGCUAUCAAGGAUGAGUGCGAGGAUCAGUUGGCGGUUGCCAUGCCAGCAUUAAAUGCAGCUGUAUCUGCACUGGACACCCUUAAACAACAGGAUAUUUCUUUGGUCAAAGCCAUGACAAACCCACCCGCUGGUGUGCGAAUGGUGAUGGAAGCUGUGUGUAUAUUGAAAGGAGUGAAGGCUGAGAAGAAGAUGGUAGACGGCAAACAAGUAGAUGACUAUUGGGCGGCUUCCAAGAAGGUUCUUGGUGAUUUAAAAUUCCUGGAGAGUCUCAAGCUAUUUGAUAAAGAGAACAUUCCCGCUGCUACAAUCCGUAAAAUCCGAGAUAAAUACGUAACCAAUCCUGACUUUCACCCGUCACUUAUCAAAAACGUGUCGUCCGCCUGUGAAGGACUGUGUUCGUGGGUGCGGGCCAUUGAGGUGUACGACAGAGUUGCCAAGCUCGUCGCACCCAAGCGCAAACGUCUGAAGGAAGCGGAAUCCCUCCUGGCUCAGCAGAUGUCUCACUUAAAUGAGAAACGAAGCGAGUUAAAAGAAGUCAUGGACAAGUUACAAAACUUGAACGAUGACUACCGAUCAAAAGUGAACAAGAAACAGGAGCUGGAACGAAACAUUGCAUUGUGUUCCAAGAAGCUUCUGCGAGCUGAAAAACUCAUCAGUGGACUGGGCGGAGAAAGGACGCGAUGGACUCAGGUUGCCCAAGAGCUGGGUGAGACGUUUAAUAACAUCGUUGGUGACGUCCUGUUGUCGGCGGGCAUUGUGGCUUAUCUCGGCCCAUUCACUGUGGAGUUUCGACAGGAAUGUAUCAAGGAAUGGUGGGGUUUGUGCCGACAGAAGAACGUUCCGGUGUCAGACAGCUUUUCGUUGUCGGCGACUCUGGGAGAUCCUUUAUCAACACGUGCUUGGCAUAUCGCUGGACUGCCGGUUGACAAUUUUUCACUCGAUAACGCAAUUAUUGUGACGAACUCUCACCGCUGGCCAUUGAUGAUAGACCCUCAGGGUCAGGCAAACAAGUGGAUUAAGAAUAUGGAGAAACCAAACAGCUUACAGGUGAUAAAAUUGUCAGACCAGAACUACGUGAGGACUUUAGAAAACUCCAUUCAGUUCGGGACGCCAGUUCUCUUAGAGAACGUCGGAGAGGAGCUGGAUCCCUUACUGGAACCCAUUCUGCUGAAACAGACGUUCAAACAGGGUGGAGUCGAGUACUUGCGGAUGGGUGAUCAUGUAGUUGAAUUUAGUAGGGAUUUCAAGUUCUACAUCACCACAAAGUUAAGAAACCCACACUAUCUUCCUGAGGUCUCCGUUAAGGUGACCCUUUUGAACUUCAUGAUCACACCUCUUGGCUUGGAGGAUCAGUUACUGGGGAUAGUGGCAGCGAAGGAAAAACCUGAGUUGGAGGAGAAAAAGAAUGAGUUGAUCAUAGAGAGCGCUAAGAACAAGAAGCAGUUGAAGGAGAUUGAGGAUAAGAUUCUGGAAGUGCUGUCUACUAGUGAAGGCAAUAUUUUGGAAGACGAGACUGCGAUCGAGGUAUUAUCAUCCAGCAAAAAGCUGUCAGAGGAAAUCUCAGUCAAACAAGAAAUCGCCACUAAAACUGAAAAGGAAAUUGAUAAAACUCGAGGAGGUUACAAACCAGUGGCUAAACACUCCAGUAUCUUGUUCUUCACUAUAUCCGACCUGGCCAACAUUGAGCCGAUGUACCAAUACUCGCUGACAUGGUUUAUCAAUCUUUACCUGCAGUCAAUCUUGAAUAGUGAGCCGUCCUCAGACCUUGGCAGAAGGAUAUUGAACCUCAAUGAUCAUUUUACUUACAGUAUCUACAGAAACGUGUGCCGAUCAUUGUUUGAGAAGGACAAACUGUUGUUCUCGUUUUUGUUGUGCAUUGGUAUUCUGAAAGGAAGCGGUAAAAUUGAUGAGCAGGAAUGGCGUUUUUUAUUGACGGGCGGAGUGGCCUUGGAAAACAAAUUUCCAAACCCUGCAUCGGAUUGGUUGACCGACAAGUCUUGGGCUGAGAUGGUUCGAUGUUCAGCGCUACCAUCAUUUCAAGGAAUCCUCAAACACUUCACAGCGAGAAUUUCGGAAUGGAAGGCGUUCUAUGACUCUGCCACUCCCCAAACGGAACCACUUCCCGAGCCUUGGGAAGAUGAUCUUAAUAAGCUGCAACAUUUGAUUGUCUUGAGAUGUUUGAGGCCGGAUAAGGUCACCUUAGGCGUACGUGACUUCAUAACAUUCUACAUGAGUCCGGCGUACAUAGAGCCGCCCACAUUUGACCUGUCCAAGUGUUAUGAAGACUCAGAUUGCUGUGUGCCGUUGAUUUUUGUGUUGUCACCCGGUGCAGAUCCCAUGGCCAGCUUAGUAAAGUUUGCCGAGGACAUAGGUGUGACCAGGUCUCAUUUUCAGACCAUUUCACUUGGUCAGGGACAAGGACCCAUUGCUUCAAAGAUGAUCAAUGAAGCCAUCGCUGUCGGGGACUGGGUUGUACUACAGAAUUGCCAUCUUGCAACAUCGUGGAUGCCUAUUCUUGAGAAAAUAUGCGAGGAGGUUAUCGUCCCGGAAAAGACGCACAAGAAUUUUAGACUUUGGCUUACAAGUUACCCCACCGAAAGAUUCCCUGUGUCCAUCUUACAAAACGGAGUGAAAAUGACCAAUGAGCCACCAAUGGGACUCAGGGCCAAUUUAUUACGGUCGUACCACAGCGAUCCCAUAUCAGACCCUGCCUUUUUCAGUGGCUGCAACAAACCCAAGGUCUGGAAGAAACUACUUUUCAGCUUAUGUUUUUUUCACGCGCUGGUUCAAGAAAGACGCAAGUUCGGUCCUCUGGGUUGGAACAUUCCGUACGAGUUUAACGAGUCUGACCUUAGAAUUAGCGUUCGUCAACAACAGAUGUUUUUGAAUGACUAUGAAGAAGUUCCCCUGGACGCUCUGACCUAUCUCACUGGACAGUGUAACUAUGGAGGACGGGUGACCGAUGAAAGAGACAGGCGUCUUAUUUUGAGUCUCUUGUCCAUUUUUUACUGCCGGGAGGUCACAGAAGAUGAGAACUACAAGUAUUCCAGUAGCGGUUCAUAUUUCGCGCCUCCAGAGGGUCCUUAUGAUAGCUAUCUGGAGUACAUCCGUAGUCUGCCUCUCACUCCAGAUCCUGAGGUAUUUGGUCUGCACGAGAAUGCUGAUAUAACAAAGAACCAACGUGAAACUCAACAGCUAUUUGACGGAAUUCUACUCACGCUACCCCGGCAGACCUCUAGUGGAGGGAAAUCUUCUCAGGAAGUGAUUGAGGAUUUGGCUUGUGACAUCCUGUCGAAAAUUCCUCUGCCUUUUGACACAGAAAUGGUUCAGAAAAAGUAUCCUGUACUUUAUGAAGAAUCCAUGAACACCGUAUUGCUUCAAGAACUGAUAAGGUUUAACCGUCUUACAAAUGUUGUUCGAUCAAGUCUCGGGAAUAUUCAGAAAGCAAUCAAGGGUCUUGUGGUGUUGUCGUCGGAGCUAGAGGAUGUCUUUGGGAGUAUGAUGGUGGGAAGGGUUCCUAGUAUGUGGGCGGCCAAGUCUUACCCGUCUCUGAAGCCGUUAGGUAGUUACGUGGCAGAUCUCGUUGCGCGCCUCAGAUUUUUCAAGGACUGGAUUGACGAAGGUUCUCCAAAUGUGUUUUGGAUCUCUGGAUUCUACUUUACCCAGUCCUUCCUCACAGGCGCAAUGCAGAAUUUUGCCCGACGUUAUAAAAUUCCGAUCGAUCACCUGGGUUUUGAAUUUGAAGUGAUGGAUGAAGAACAGGAUAUGAAGAAGAAGCCCGAAGAUGGUGUAUAUGUUAAAGGUCUUUUUAUGGAGGGCGCUAGAUGGGACAGAGUAAACAAGGUUGUUGGAGAAUCUCUUCCAAAGAUAUUGUAUGAUACUGUUCCAAUUAUAUGGCUCAAGCCAGGGGAAACAGCGGAUUUUCGAGAUGAGGGGACGUAUUCAUGCCCAGUUUACAAAACAAGUGCUCGCCGAGGUGUACUUUCCACAACUGGUCAUUCGACAAAUUAUGUCCUGUCAAUCAACCUACCGUCCAAGAGAGCAGAGAAUCACUGGGUUGUACGAGGAGUCGCCAUGCUUUGUCAGCUGGACGAUUAAAAUGGCACGACCGAGAAAUGUCCUUAAUAAUAUAGGACUAUUUUUGGUUGAGUUUGGGUUGCUAAGUUAGUCGAAAAGAACACCUAUCGGCCAGGCAUGCGCAAGAUGUUUUUUAGCUUCCUAUGCUCAAUUUGAUUUUUUUUUAAUGCAAUCAAAGACUGAUCAAACUUCAUUUAUUGUUUUCCUUCAUAGUAGAUCACUUGAGAAAGCUCUUAUUAGUUGUGCAGACAUCAUACUCUAGCAUUCCUACUUUAAUUCCUUGCUGGCAUUUUUAAGGGACACCUGGUUGUUAAGUUCGUUGUAUUAUUAUUUUUUUCUUGAAAAAGACGGCGGGUCACACAUACUCCCCCAUCACCUCCCACCUCAAAGUUCGUUCUUGAAUACAACAAAAUACUUAUCGAACCUUACAUGCUUUUGUUACUUAUCAUGUGGUACCUACUAAUUGAAUUUGUUCGCGCGGGACGCGGGUCAAUCUGCGUCCGUUACGCUCGACCGGGCAUUUUCCCACCAAUCGAGAGAUUUUCAAAGCAUGACAUUUACGUCUGCUUUCAGUUUUUCGUACACCAAAGUGAAAACAAUUGAAUUUGAAUUUCAAAAAAUACGUUUUUACUCUAUUCAUUGUUGAUUUAAGGUUCUGAGGAAGAGGAGAAGAGAGUAUAAUUUAACUUGAUUUGCUCGUAUUGGCGUUACCAAACUAUCCAUUCAUUUCAUCACUUAUGCUACCUUAAUAACUUGCGUACUGUAGUUUUGAAAGGUAAUGGGAAUGUUUACCGUAGAUUUAAGUGUAUUAACAAGUUUGAAAUACGGAAACCUGUAGAAACUUUCUUAUCGCAUAUAGAGUCAGCAGAUAAGACAACUUAUUUAUCGCUUGAAGAGUUUUUAUCGCCUAAAGAUGAUAGUUUGCAAUAAUAAACAUAGUGAAUUAUUUUAGAAUUAUUCUUCACAAAAAAUAAUUUAUUACACAGAGGCAUGUAUUUAUCUCUAUGACUCAAAAUUAAUUUAAUAAUGAGCGCAAUAUUUGAUUAGUAAAUUAAUGUACUGUAGUCAGGUUUUCUAGAAAGCUCGUCAGUAGUAGUUCUAACUGUUUUUAUUAAAAUAUUGUUGAUCAUUUCAAAUGAAGUGUAGUGUUACUGUUCGACGUCUUGGUGCAGUUUGUCCCAACCGCAAAAUGGAGUCCUAAACACUUCCGACGGGUUUUCAUUUUAGGACGUGUUUCGAUGUUUCACACAGAACAUUACUGUCCAUUAAUGUUUCGAAAGUCGCCGUUUGACGGCUGAUGAAAGCGAUUUGCCAUUUUCCACUGAAAAGCGUGGGUGUAGGCACGCAUGAGCAUAAAAUAAUUGCAGCAAACACAAUUAGACGGUAUUACGCAUGACCAGAUUUUAACUUGUCGGCAGUGUCGUCGGCAGUUAUUAGGGAGUUUUAGAUGUCACUACGGCAACGUGUGUUGUCGGCUUGCUUCAAACUAAACUGCUGUUGAAAUUUUCUUGCUAAGAAGA